AUGAGCGAAGAUAUCAACAUUGAAACCGAAUUAGGCGAUGAUGAGUUUUACGUUGAAAAGAUUUUGGAUCAUACGUGGACUAGAGAAGGAGAACCUUUAUUUUUACUUAAAUGGAAAGGUUUUCCUGAAGAAGAGAAUAGUUGGAUAGAACAUGACAAUAUAUGUGCCGUAAAACUUAUUGAAGAAUAUUGGAAAAGUAUUGGUGGGAAACCAGAUCCAAACAAUAAAAACGCCAUAAAAGGUCCCAAAAGCUUACCAUUAUAUGACAACAAAGAAUUGACGAAUGAAAAAUUGUACACGAAACCCAUGAUAAACAAUAAAGAAGAAUUUCCAUUCGUCAUUCCAAUGAUAACGGAUCCAACCAUUUAUCAGCCAAACUGGGAAGAAUUCGUUGAUAAUAUCUUAGCGAUUGAAUGUUCAUCAAAUUUUAUUUACGUCAGGAUUAAAUGGACAUAUAACCAAGCAUCCAUCGAUCGAGGCGAACUACAGAUGUCCUAUCAAGAAUCACUACCAGGACAUUUUAAUAAUUAUAGGUUGGCCGCAACUUUGGGCUCACGAUCCAAUUUUCGAAAACUUUCGAAAAAGGAAGUCAACUCGGUUGAUAUUGUCAAUGCCUGCAAAUACAUUACUACGCCACCCGAACCGCUCGCUCUUCGACUAACUUCCAAUCUUAUGGUUGGAAUUUCACGUGUUUUUAAUCAACAAUAUCAUUUUUAUUACACCGAUGUGAAUGGGGUAUGGCAUAACUUGCAAAAGGCUUUAACAGAAAUUCGUGGAGAAUCGAUCGAUAUGACAAAUCCACAAGCUAGACGUGAAGCGAUUACCUUGAAAGAUGAUCCUUUUUUCGAAUUUGAAUUAAAUUUUCCUAUGCAUGGCAUUACCAUGAUACAUGAUUUAGCAAAUCAAAUAGAGCUUGUACAAAUCUCAUCGUCAUCGAAUGAAGCUGUUUCCGUCAAUGGGUCAUAUAAUAAAAGUAAUAAAAGUCAACUUUCAUCAAUAACUUUACCUGAAAUUGAUGCCGGAUUCACUGCUUCAUCUGGAUUCGGUGUUGAUUUGAAUGAUGAUAUCCUAAUGAAAGAUGAUUCCGGGAUAAGAAUUGAAUUUGAUGCAGAGGGUGGUUUGCAUGAGGUUUUCACGCUUCAACAACUUGAUGAUACGAGCGCAAUGAAUGAUAUAAUCAGAAUAGUAAAUAAUGACAAUAACAAGGCUGGUCUUGAAGGAAGGAGAGAGAAACAAAGACGUAAAAGAUGCCUCAUAAAUGAAGGGAAUCCACAAGAAAUUGAAGUGAAUAAUGUAUUGGACUUCAAUGAUUUCGAGGCACGAGAUAUGGAAUUUAGUGAAGGAAAUCAGCAACAAAUUCCCGUUGAAGAACAAGAUAAUGUAAAUAAGGAAAAUGAACCUGACGAACAUCCUUCACCCGAACAAAGACGCAAAAGGAGACGUAGAGUUCGAGUUAUGUUCGAUGAAGAAACUGAAUUAACUAAUGAACAAAUACUUGAGAUGCGUCAAGGAGUUAUAGACGAUCUGGAUGAGGCCGAAUUUGUUAAAAGAGAAAAGAUGAGGAUGCAAGAAAGCAAAAGGCAAUUAGAAAACAUUCUUUAUACUCCUGGAAGGCCUUUCCUGGCUCCACAACUUGCUUCUUUAUGGGAACAGCAUUAUGCUCCUAUACUUUAUGAUGAAAAUGUAAAGAAGAGAAGAAGAGCUCAGCCAUCAACUUCAGAUUUAAAUUUGGGUGAACGCGUUGAAAGAAAUGAUAUUUAUGUAGGAGGUUCUAGUAUUCCACGUGGUAUUAGAGAUAGUUUAAGAAGUGAUGAGCCCGAGCGACUUCGUAAAGAAGGAAGCCAGCAAAGUUCAACCAUUAUGACUGGAAUGGAAAACUUUGUUGGGCCUGAAAUGGGUCAUUUGCCAACACUGAGUAAUGAUAAUUUUUUUGAUCAAUAUUCUUCUGCGGGAGGCAGUACGGACGCAAACAUGGAUUUGUUGGGUCAACUUGAAAACGACGGCGGACGAAGACUUGAUUCAAUGGGAUUUAAUUUACCAGCCAUUGAUUUCUUAGACGAUAAAAUGUUAGAAGACGAUAGCUUCGCAUUGCCUAAUUAUCCAAUAUUUGGAGAUUUUUCUCUAUUUGAUAAUCCAAGUCGCGUAGGACAAUCAACGUCCAUACAUAUAAAUAGUGAACAAGAAGCAAUGAAUUUCCUAGAAUCCAUUAAAUCAAUUAUGAAUGAAGCUUGCGUUUCAAUUGCCACUUUUCAAGAUAUCAUGGAAACUCAACAUGUUAGAAGACCUGAUGUUGCGAGGAAUUUUUAUUACAUUUUGGCGCUCGCAAACAAGAAUUUAAUCAAAGUUAACCAAUCUAAGGCAUAUGAUAAUAUCGUGAUUCAAGUUCGAAACUAG